AUGACCACUUACGAGUAUUCAGAAGAAGAAGAUGAUGAAGAUGACUCAAAUAAAGAUUCAUCAGAAGAAGAAGAUGAUGAUGACGCAGAUGACUCAAAAAAAGAUUCAGAAGAAGAAGAUGAUGAUGACGCAGAUGACUCAAAAAAAGAUUCAGAAGAAGAUGAUGAUGACGCAGUUGACUCAAAAAAAGUCGGGGGACUAGAUAUUAAAACAUCGGAGCUUUUUGGAUUAAUCUUUUUUGCCCUACUGAAAAAGAAAUAUUUUGAAGGUGCCAAACAGCUGAUUGAGACGGGAAGUGUUAGAAUUCAUCAUCUUUUGGUUGGUUGUGUUAUUUUACAAGAUAUUGCAAAUGACUGGCAAACCAGCCAAAUUGAGAAGGACAAGUUGUUACAAAUGAAAAUGCUGUGUACACAAAAAGCCUUGCGAAUUACAAGUUGUAUUCAUGAAAAUGAUACCAAAGUCUACAAGAAAAGGUAUAAAGAGGGAAAUGAUACAGAUUCAAAUGCAAAAGAAUUGGGAAAACGAAUUGACCACGCAGGACGGCUCUUACUGAAUCACGGAUACCUAGCAGAUGCCAUCAAAACAGAGAACAGUGUCUAUUUGAACGACGACAUAGUCAAGAAAGUAAUAAAUCAAAUGUGGUACAAACGGGAAAGCCUUUCCUUAAGGAGGGGCUUGCUUUUUGCAAUUUUGACGCUACUUCACUUUAUAUUAUUACCGUCCUUGAUGAUCACAAUGGAAAACAAACCAUUGCAGAGGCUAUAUAGACUGUACAAGGUUCCUGUCAUGAAAGUUCUUCUAAACAUGGUUGGUUGGCUUGCCAUUUUAGUAGCGUAUUCUUAUAUGCUGCUUUUUGAUUUCACUGGAGGAGUUUCGAGAACACAUUGGUUUAUAAUAGCAUGGAUGUCAAGUUUGUUUAUUGAUGAAGUUAAACAGAUUGUCAUCGCAGUAAUAAGAAAAAAAUUCAAUGCAUACAUUACUGACUGGACUAAUUACCUGGAAUGGGGCUUAAUGAUUGUUUACGUAUGCGGCAUGCUGUUUAAACUUGGAGAUGGAAAGCCAUAUCGACAAGCCGAAAAAGUCCUUUUGGUUCUUUCCUUUAUUCUUAUAUGCGUUAGAUUUCUUAAUCUACUGAUUAUAUCAGAGAUCAUAGGAGCAAAGCUAGUGAUCAUUAGAAAAAUGUUUAUGGACACAUUUGCAUUCCUUAUGAUAAUCACCGUAAUCACUUAUUGCUACAGCGUGUCAUACUUCGCCAUUUUGUAUACUGACGACUCAGAUUUAAGUUUUACUCAGAUUGAAAAGAUAGCUCGAAAUGGUUUUUGGAUUUUAUUUGGCGAACUAUCCCUUGAAAGUGAUAGAUUGAAGGAACCUGAUUGUACGUUCAACAAAGAAAUGUACGACAGUGGUGAGAUGGAACGCUGUCCGUCUGAGCUGGGCUUGUUUCUGGCACCCUAUCUGAAAGCAGUGUAUGCAUUGAUCGCUAUCAUUCUGCUACUGAAUCUACUGAUUGCGAUGUACAGUCAUACGUUUGAAGAAGUCCACGAGAAAAGCAAGUUUUAUUGGUCACAACUUCAGUUAGAUUUUCUGGAAGAAUACAGCGUGAAGACAAUUUUCCCCAUUCACUUCCAACUUUUAGUGCUACCAGUCUCUUUGGUUCAUUUUAUGAUUUGGUUUCCUUUCUUCUUCGUACGCAAGAAAAUACAAAAGUGUAUUUGUGGAGACGACGGAGGUGAUAGCGACAGUGAAUUGGACGAUGACUUUUAUUUUGAUGUUGAUGACGAUGAACUCAAUAAAAGCCCAAUGUUUGUUAGAGUGUUCCUAUACGACAAAAACUUCGACCUGAAUUUAAAAGACACAAAUGAAGCUGAGGGACAAGCUGCAUUGAAAGCAUCAGGAGAUUUGGAUACUAACGAUGAAGACAAAAUAACGGUUCUUCAAAGGAAAAUGAAACGACACAAAAAGCUCACAAGAAGUAUUGAUGGAAGGACCUCCAAGAUCAUGUCAGAGGUUAUGCAAAUAAAGAAAAAUAUAAGAGACUUGCAUCAAGCGAUUUCUCCAAAAACUAUGCCACAGGAAAAUGAAAGAAGUGAAUCAAGAGCGUUCAAUGACACCUGGGGUGCAGAAUCGUCAGAUAUAGAUACAGACAAAGAAGUUGACGACGAUUCCUCCAUGCCUGGAUCAGAUUUUGAUCAGGAUGAUUCAGACAGCGACCAUUCCUUUGGAAGUGAGGCAGACAGCCAUGAUAACCAGGACACAGAUUCCACAUUAUUUGACCUUGUUAGCGACCUUAGACUGAUUAGAGAUCCUGACUUCUGGACUGAUGUUGUGAAAGACUGA